AUGGGUGAAAGUGCUGCUAAAAAACAAACUAAAAGAGGUGCUGUUGAUUUUGUUGCUGGCGGUGUUGCUGGUUUAUUUGAAGCUUUAUGUUGUCAUCCUCUAGAUACUAUAAAAGUUAGAAUGCAAUUAUAUAGAAAAUCCGGUCAAAAACCUCCAGGAUUUGUUAAAACUGGGGUAAAUAUUGUUCAAAAAGAAGGUUUUUUAUCUUUAUAUAAAGGUUUAGGUGCUGUUGUUAUUGGUAUUGUUCCAAAAAUGGCUAUAAGAUUUAGUUCAUAUGAAUUUUAUAGAUCUUUUUUUUAUGAUUCAAAUGGUAAUAUUACAACUGGUCAAACUUUUUUGGCUGGUGUAGGUGCGGGUAUUACAGAAUCAAUAAUGGUUGUUAAUCCAAUGGAAGUUGUUAAAAUUAGAUUACAAGCUCAACAUCAUUCAAUGAAAGAUCCUUUAGAUAUUCCAAAAUAUAGAAAUGCUCCUCAUGCUGCUUAUAUGAUUGUUAAAGAAGAAGGUUUUAAAACUUUAUAUAGAGGUGUUUCUUUAACUUGUGCAAGACAAGCUACUAAUCAAGGUGUUAAUUUUACUGUUUAUUCAAAAUUGAAAGCUUAUUUACAAGAACGUCAAAAUACUGAAAUUUUACCUUCUUGGCAAACUUCUGGUAUUGGUUUAAUUUCUGGUGCUUUAGGUCCAUUAUCAAAUGCUCCAUUAGAUACAAUUAAAACUAGAUUACAAAAAUCUUCUUAUGCUUCAAAUGAAAGUGGUUGGGUUAGAAUUAUAAAAAUUGGUAAACAAUUAAUUAAAGAAGAAGGUAUAAAUGCAUUAUAUAAAGGUAUAACUCCAAGAAUUAUGAGAGUUGCUCCUGGUCAAGCUGUUACUUUUACUGUUUAUGAAUAUAUUAAAGAUUUAUUAACAAGUGAUUCCAUUAAAAAACCUGUGAAAUUAAAUUAG